AUGGCGGGCCCCGCCCUCCUGCUGCUGCUGUUGCUGGUCAGCUUCCUGGCCUUCGACCUGCUCCACAGGCCCACGGGCCCUGCCCGGCCACCGCACACCCACCUUGCAGGGGGCCAAAGCCGAGGGGCCGGCGAGGGCCCAAGACAGCAGGAGGCGCUGCUCCUGCGUACAGUGGCAGUCACAGGACGACUCAGCCUCCAGGAGGCUCUGCUUCUCCUGCUCCUGGGCCUGGAGCUGCUCUUGGGAGCCCGAGGCAUGCCCUUGGCCCUGCUCGGCCUGGCUUUCUGCCUCUAUCCUUGGGCCUGA